AUGGACACAUUACCAGAAACUCUUCUUUCCACCAUUCAAAAUUUCAAAGUAUACGAUGGACUUCCUUCUAAUGUCACGCACCCGUUUGCUUCUUCCGCAGAAACAUCUUGUGGAAUUUUACAGGACAUCAUUCAAGCUUCAGAUCAGCUUGCCAAUUCGUUGAAUCAAUAUCUACAGGCAGAUUUUACGAAUACCAAACUUGUUUCCCUUCUGCGCCAACAAGCAACCUUGUCCCGCUCUUUGCAUCUCUCAGAUCUUAAUAUCCAACAAACUUUGCAUGCAUUAAAACAAAGGUCGAAAGCCAGCUACGGAGAGGAUAUUCCCCAGGAUAGGACUGCUCUUGUAGAUUGGUGUGUCACCCGCUGUGAAGCCUGGGGAAAAUUGGUUGGAAUGGAGACUUUCAAGGAUCAAGUAGGAGAAGGGACUAUCAGUUUCGUAUUCGGUGGCAAAGUUCUCGUAGUCGACCUCGAGCUCUCGAUUGAUCGAACAAAUCCAUUGAAUCCAAUAAUCGUUGUUUCUAAAGCGAAAACAUCCUACGCUAUCAGUAGUCCUGAGGCAACAACAAUGGACGGAUCGUUAUCGCUCGAUGCUUUUCUGAAAGAUACCUUUCAAAGUUUCUUCGAAGAGGUCCAGAAACCCGAUGAGCAUAGAGAUCCCGUUCAAGCUGCCAGGCUUGGAAGUAUCAUUUUGGACCAUUUUCGAUAUCUGGUCAUGUUGGAUCGACUGGCAGAGCGGAAGGAGGAUGGCGGUGUUAGGUGGUUUGUGGAUGUAGAUCAGCUCUGCACUGUGGUGGAGACUUUUGCUAAAAGCGAGGGAGAGGCUGUAGCAUUAUCCAUGUCUACGGAACGUCCUCCCCUUGACAUUUUCCUUCUCCGGGCGCAUACCCUUCCGUUGCCCUACCUCAAAUCUCCAUCGCUAUCAUUCUUGACUUAUCUCUCUCCUCUUGCAUAUUUUUCAUUGCUGCGAAGCUCUUCGGCACUUCCCCCAGAUACUAGUACGAGCUUACCCAGUUUUGAUAUACCUCUUCAUCAACUCCGUUCUUCACUCGGGAUAAGCCUUAAGGGUGCUACAAUUGCUACUCUUACUCUUUCGCCCCCCAUUGAAUCUCACAUUUUCCCGGCCUCGAUGUCUAUCCCUACUCUGACUGCGCGACCAACGUUCUCGCUCGUUCCCAGAGGGUCAGACUUAGAACAUGUCUUUCCCCAGCUCGCAGAUCUUCCAUCGACCGCUUUAGAUCCUGCAGACAACGAGUCAUCAGGGCGUAACGUCUGGUUUCUUGAUUUCACGGAAGGUGGUCAAUAUUCAGGUAUUGUGAUGAGCCAAUCAAGGAUGCGAGAAAUCGAGCUCGUCAUAAAUCCAUUGAGCAGUAUGGAAACAAUCAAUUCAGUCGGUAUAAUGUCCUUUGGUACUGGAAGCUGGGUGGAUCUAUUGAUCAAUCCGUCGAGCCUAGUUUCUCCAGAACGCUACGUCGCCAUCUUUCGGUCCCCAUCGUCCUCUCACCCCCCUCUACAAAUGCGCCUAACUGCGCCAGAGGAGCCUGGAUUCGUGCUUCAUAAAGUACCCGUCAACAGUAUGAAAGAAGUCUGGGGUGUAUUGGAAGUUGUUCGUGAACAAUGCUGGCUCAAUGAAAUACUCUUAGGAUGUGAAUGGCAUACAGAAGGGUUACAUCUUACACAUGAAGAAGACGACGAACAGGAAAGCAAAGUCACAGAUGCCGACCUAGAUGCUGUACUUGCAGGUUCUGUGACACCGCGGAAAAUACCAGUCAACGUGUUUGUUCCGUCAUACAGUGGCACACCCGGCCCCAUCUUCGAAAGCCCAGAACUGAACGAAAUGACACCAAGAGUGCGUCGGACCAAAAUCGUCAUGACUUCGCCAGAACGGCCACCCAUAUCGGGUCUUGUUGAGAUAUGCGUGUCGUUUGAUGAAACCAGGCCACGGGGUAUUAGUGUGGAACUCAAUGGUGCAAUGGGUGUAGAUUUGAAGCUAGAAACAAUGGAAGAAAUCUGCCGACGAGGGGGUGCCUUGAGUUUGCCUGGACGAAUAUGGGCGAAAGCACAUGGGUUUUCACAGUAGUCAAUAUAGCUCACUCAAAUCACACAGACUCUUUGCACCAAAGAAAAAAUUACGCCACACCCUGCGACGUCUUUCCAGCGUUAGCCUUGUCUGCAGCAAUAUUUGUGUUCAGUUUGGUCCUGGGAAGGAAAGGUCAGAAAGAACGGAAUAUGCUUGAAAGAGUUAACGCACUGCUCUGUGUUAAGACUAUCUU